CGAGCGCGCGCAGCGCCCGCCCUCUUGCCGCGAUGCUGUGCUUCCUCAGGGGAAUGGCCUUAGUCCCCUUCCUCUUGGUGACAUGGUCGUCUGCAGCCUUCAUCAUCUCCUACGUGGUCGCGGUGCUCUCGGGGCACGUCAACCCCUUCCUCCCCUACAUCAGUGACACAGGAACGACACCUCCAGAGAGUGGUAUUUUUGGAUUCAUGAUAAACUUCUCCGCAUUUCUUGGUGCAGCUACGAUGUACACGAGAUAUAAAAUAGUGGAGAAGCAAAAUGAGACCUGCUAUUUCGGCACACCCGUCUUUAACUUGGUGUCGCUAGUUCUUGGACUGGUGGGGUGUAUUGGAAUGGGCAUUGUUGCCAAUUUUCAGGAGCUAGCCGUGCCCGUGGUCCACGACGGUGGUGCCCUUCUGGCUUUCGUCUGCGGCGUGGCUUACACACUCCUGCAAUCGAUCAUCUCCUACAAAUCCUGUCCCCAGUGGAACAGCCUCACCACGUGCCAUGUCCGGAUGGCCAUCUCUGCCGUCUCCUGCGCAGCUGUCGUCCCCAUGAUUGCCUGUGCCUCACUAAUUUCCAUAACCAAGCUGGAAUGGAAUCCGAAAGAAAAGGACUACGUGUAUCACGUAGUGAGCGCUAUCUGUGAAUGGACCGUGGCCUUUGGUUUUAUUUUCUAUUUCCUAACAUUCAUCCAAGAUUUCCAGAGUGUCACCCUAAGGAUAUCCACAGAAAUCAGUGAUGACUUUUGAAAGGGCGAGAAUCCUGUCUCACUCAGUGAAUGUCACAGACAGUUUCCGGAAGUGGCACAGAGGCUGGACGGACUUGGAUGUCACCCGGAUCGGGACUCAUUUGUGGCACAUCGGGGACUUGAAUUUCAUUAAGAAUUUCUAGUAGUUGUUCUAUUUACAAAGGUAUGUUUUCCUAGAGAAUGUUUAGCAUGGAUGACACAUUAGCAAUAUUUUUAUAUUUUCUAAGACACUCUAUAUGAACAAAUUCAUAGGCAGAGAUGAGGCUUUACAGAAAAUGAGGGGAUUAUUUUUGUAUAGAUUCUUUAGACUUUUUAUGUAUCAAUGAUUUAUGAAAAUACACUAAGUGAAAAAAUGUUUAGUACAUUUUUUAAAAAAUGAAACCAAAUCAGGG